CGUAUAUUUGAGGAGGAGCAAAACACUAAGGCUCAAGAAUGAAUACAAUGCACGUCUACCUGUCAACGUUUCUCCCUAUUGAAUAGGGUAGCACGACUCCUCUCUUAGGUGGAUACGGAGAAAUGCUUGCAGGCAAGAAAUGUGAAAUGAACUGCUUAUUUGAAGAGCUCUAAGAACAACGCAAAAAUCGAGUCAACAAGGACAGCAACGAAAGUGACUUUCAGUCAUGACGUACAAAGAAGCACGAUCGGGAACAGUUAUAAAAGUGAAGAAGGAGCGCGAGCAGCUUCCGGGACGAGUCACAACAGCAAUACUAGGACUUACGUCGAAGAUGAAGAUGAUGACUCUUAUUUCCGCCAAGAACAUAAAUCCUCUUCUACUAGUUAAGGCUACCGCUACUAGAGCAUCCUCUUCGUCAGCAGCAUCGAUCCUUGGUUCUUCUUUUUCUACUUGAAAAAGGCGGGCAGCAUCGGUCCUUGGUUCUUCUUUUUCCACUACUUACUGUUGAAAAAGAAGCACUCACGAGUUAUGCCUCUCGAAGAAGCUGCGAAGGCGGUAGCUCUAAUGCAGUCGUGCUGUCGGCAAGCGUAGCCUGGCUAUGCGGAGAAGCAAUUCGUGUUGCGUUUUUCUCCAAGAUCAUGUAGUUGUACCGAAAUCCACCACGACGGCCGGA